UGCGCCCGCGCCGCCCUACCGAAACCGCUUGCUAUCCCAUCUCACUACCUGGAUUUGUACCUAGGGGUUAUUUUAUAACAUAAAUUAAGUUGUUUUAUUGAUUCUAAAUGAUUGUUCAAUACCCGUAAGAUGGCCGAAGUUUGUAGACUCGGCAGUUAUAAUUCACAAAGAAAAACUAUUAACGACCAAGAAGAAAAUGUUUGUUUAUUGAAUGUUUUGUGUGUGUUUAUAUCGUUGGUAACCAUUCUUGCCGAUUUAACUACAGAUGUAUUGGUUUUCGUCGAAUAUUGUAAAAGUGGAUAUCCAUACUGGGCACUGACGACUUUAAUUUUUAUUGUUGCGCCUAAUGUUAUGAUAAAUGUUUUUUCAUUGAGAUGGUUUGUCAUUGACCAGAAGUCUGGAAUUAGAAAAUGGAUAACUCAUGGAUUACUAGUGGGGAUGUUAGAGAGGUACAUUAUUUUCAUGCACAAAGUGUUUGAAUGUAAAAAUGUGGAGUCAAUAAAAUCGCUAAAGCUAUUUACUCAAAUCAAUGAUCUCAAUUUAUUGCAUUUCUUAUAUGUUUUUAUUGGAACUAUUCCACAAAUUAUUUUACAAGUUUACGGAAUUGUUACAUUAAACGAAAACUAUCACACAAAAGCAUUUGCCCUUUGUGCUUCGAUAGCAUCAGUAGUAUGGGGAUGCGCGAAUUACAUUUACGGCCUUUCUUGGUUUGGUAGUGAAAAAUCUCAAUGGAGUGCAUUUUUACUGAAACUUAUUUGGCAUUUUGGAAUGCUUAUUAGUCGCAUUGCCGGUAUUAUAUUAUUUACCAUUGUCUUUGGUAUAUGGACAUUAGUGCCUUUAGGCCUACACUGGUCUGCUAUGACCUUCUGGAUUGUAACACAAAAAACUACGUUUUGUCCCAAUAAACUAGAGGAAACAUUUUAUAAUGUUAUUAUGGGACUUGUGUAUUGCUUCUGUUAUAUUAAUUUACGAGAGGGCCAUACGAGAUAUCGCCUGAUGAUGUUCUACACGUUAAUGGUGACACAAAAUUUUGGAAGUUUAUUUUUGUAUGUAUUGAUAUCUGACUCAGAAAAACAAAAGAAACCUUGGUCUAUUGCAACAUCUACGUGUGUGAUUGCUGGAACUAUAAUAGGAAUGUGCGCCAUGAUAUUUUACUAUAGAUAUUUUCAUUCUAAAGGACCUAUACCAUGGAAAAACGAUAGCAACGAUAUCGAGCUAAAUAAUAAAGUCACAACAGCUACAGAAAAUAAAAGAACAAACAACAAAAGUUUAAAUUACGUCAGGUCUUUCAAAAGCUCUCAAAAGAUAAAAGUAAUCGAAGAAACUGCUGAAAGGAAGAAUUGUGCUCAAGUACAACCAAAUGACAUUGAUAGUGCUGACAAAAAGUUCUUGCUAGAUCAUUGGAUCGCUAGGUCUGGAACCCCAACCUUUACAUCAGCUCCAGUUGGUGAUAAUAGCAUGGAUGUUUCUAGCGUAGAGUUUCAUACAGUGGCAAACACUCCUCAAACAGUCACUAAAGAAGACAAUAAUUUAUACGAAAGGGGUAGGGUAAAAACUUUACUUAAAAAAGGUAAAGGAUCCCAAGCGCUGGAACCAACUGAAUUGACAUCGAAGAUAUCUGCAUUUGAGAGUAUAGAAAGCUCUAUAGACAUUAUUACUUCAAGUAAUCUUAAUUUACAAAAACGUCGUGGAAUUUGUUCAUCUGAUGAGUUAAGGGAUGAUUUGACCAAUGCAAAUUUGGAUGUUUGUGAAAUGGUUGACGGAGAUUUUAUAAAAACCUCGAAAGCAGAACAUGGCUCUGAAUUUAGUCAUGACACCGAUGGGUCUAAUAAGAAGACAUCGUCUGACUCAAUAGACAUGGAUUUGGACUUGAGUUUUAGUGAUAUUAAUAGUUCAGAUAUAAAUACUUUCAACGAAAAUAUUGUUCAAAAGUUGUGCUUAAGUGCCCUGAGGAAUAUAAAGGUUGGAAACCAGGAUGCUGAUAUUGAAAAUAUACAAAGGAUUGCUUUAGAUAUUUUGAAAGAAAUGUACACUCGAAAAGGUAAAACCAAGAAAGUUAUGAGCUGUGAGACAGUUCCCUCAAAACAACGUGAUUUAGAUACACCAACUGAAAUAUUGUCUGUUCAUGAUUAUGAAAAUAUAUGUGCAGUUAAUAUAGCCCGUGAAGCAUGGGGCCUAAGAUCUUGGAAUGGAUAUUCGGAUAUAGAAAAUUGGCUUCAUGACGGCAGUGUGUUUAGAGAUAGAAGACGUGAUACACUAACUUCCGGGAGUUCCGAAAUCAGUAGUUGUAUAUCUCAAGAUUUAAAAACUGCCAUUCUAGCAGCACCACCUUUCCCGAAAAAAGCUCCAACCUACUCAAACGUCUUUGUCAAGUUUGACCCAAGUAACCAAGAAGAAUACGUCGAUUCGAUAAUUUGCCAAACUAAUGACGACACUUUUCUUGCUAAACCAUGUAUGGUUGACUCUGGAAAAGAUUAUUUAGAACCAAUUUUGGAAGAGUUAGAUGAUUUAGGUGACUUAGACCCAUCAAGUAAAAAGAGGCUUAAUUCUGAAAGUUCUUUAGUAGCUACUAUAGAUGAAAUUCGAAAAGCGACAAUUGCCAAUUCGCCAAGAAAUCUAUAUCACAAUCGGAAAGAUCUACAUUGGUAUUCUCCUGAAGAGGAAGACUCGUGUAAAAUGGAAUGUAAUCUUAAAAAAGCUUUAUGGAAAGAACCGUCUAAGUUCGACUCAAGUAACAUAAUGGAAUCUCUACCAGAAAAAGAAAAUAUUCUUAAUGUUUUUAAUGAAUCCAAGUUUGAUUUACAUAAAAAAGGAUUGAGUUGUACGAUGACAUCUUCGUCUGUUGCUCCUCUUGAACACACCGUUAAUAGUCGGAAAAAUGCUAGGAUCCGGCAAAAGACAAAUGUGAGCAAUCUUAAAACCCACUACAAAAGAAAUUCUUCUAAGCCUGAUCAAACACUUCAAGAUUUGUCAAAUAAGGACAUUGACUUGCUAUGGCAAUUGGUUACGGAUAAUUCCAUGCCACUUAGUUCUACUGACGACCUAGCUUCGGGACGAUUAACAUCCUCAUUACAAUCACUGAUACAAAAAGACACAUCCAUAUCAAACGUUGAAGCACCACCUUCUAAGAUGAUGAACAUGAAAAAAAACUUAAGAAGUAAACCGAGACGUAAGUUUUCUAUUCUUCGGGAAAAGUUUGAACCUAAAUUAAACAUACAUUCUGAUGAAGAAUCAUUAUUUUAUUCUUCAGAAAAAAUAUCAGCCUCAGCUGAGUCAAUUGUAGUUAGAAAUAGACUCGAUGCUAGUAACGAACACGUCGACAGUAUAACAGACGAUAAAAAAAAUAAUGUGACAUCAACUGAAGCUAAAGCUAAUAAUUCAGAAGCGGUUAGAUCUGAUUUUAUAAUGUCGAGAACGAUGAAGGAAAAGAGAUCUUUGUUUAUGAAGCAAGUGCUGAGCCCACCUAAAUUUAAUACAAAGUUAAAACAUAAGGUUUAACUGGCUUAACUAUGAAAAAUGGCAUAUUUUAUAAGUUAUUGUAAAUAUUUUAUUAUUAUUUACGGUGUAACAACAGAUCGAAGUCAUUUGUAACAUAGAUCUCAUCUUUGAUGUAGUCAAUCUAUUUCAAUUGCAUUUGUCCAUUAACUUAAACUGUAAGCCUGCAUUAGACUUAGUGCCCGAAACUUCAAACAAAGGAGACGACGGUGAUAGUAAAACUAUAUUUUUUUAAUAAAAAAUAUAUAAAAAGCCAUCCCAACAUGAUAUGAUAUCAAGGCGUAAAUAACUGAGGUCGCAUGUAAUGUGGGCUGGACUUCUAAUUAUUGCAUGUAUAAUAUUGUCACAUUUUUUGUCUAUAUCUUUAUGAUUGAUGUCAAAUCAGUCAUGAUUAUGUGAGUUUAACUCGAGAUUUAUGACCUAUUUCUUUUUGGAACUUCUUGUUAAACCCUAGCAGUAGCAACGAUUUCAUACAAUAGAACGUUUUUAUAUUUUAAAGUGUACAUUUUUUAUCCGAGAUUACGUUAAGUGGUUAAGUGGAAAAAAAAACUUCAAAGAAAUAAGGACUACCCUAGUAUAUAGACACUCGAUAUACCUAGACAUAAACACAGUAGAUUAAAACACUUAAAACUUGGAUUCGAUCCCGAUAAGUUGAUGUAACUUUAAAUAACUAAUUACAUUAGGUGCAUUGCUUCUAUAAAAUGUGAUUCAAAAUGACAAACCUUAUAACUGUGAUGUGUGUGCCUUUUUUAUUUCAGCCAGUAUUACUUAAUUUUAUUAUGUAUGUAUUGAUUUUUAUUACAUUAUCAUACUGAAA